AUGGUCAUGGUAACAGCAUCGGCUUCGUCGUUGGAUGACAUUACGAAUGAUGACCUUCGCGGCUGGGUGGAACUUAUCAGUCAAAUACGAGCUACGGCCGACGCAAGCAUCAAGAAGGAAGAGGCAGAAGGCGUGCAAUUCGAUCAACGAGCCUUUGACGAAUAUCCUUUCAUCAAGGCGCCCACUUCACAGGAGGCCAUCCAGCAGCAGGAAGCAACGCUCCAAACGACACUUCCGGAUGACUACAAGCAAUUCCUCCAAGUUACGAAUGGUACACGAUGGACUGGCAUUGGCUGGACACCGUCGUUGUGUGGUGUUGAACAACUGCGAGGAGUUUGA